AUGGCGUUUGCAGCCAUGAAAGAAGAGCUGACUUGCUCCAUCUGCUUGAAUAUCUAUGCAGAUCCUGUAUUGCUGAGGUGUGGGCACAACUUUUGCCGCUUCUGCAUUGAUCGUGCGCUGGAUUCACAGGAGGCGUUUGGACACUAUAGCUGUCCUGACUGCAGAAGAGAAUUCCCGGAGCGUCCUGCAUUGCAAAGCAACCUCAAACUAUACAACAUAGCAGAAUAUUUCAAUUCUACUCAACCAGCGCAAACAGAGACGGAGGUAUUCUGCUCCAACUGUUUAGACGCUCCUGUGCCCGCUGUAAUAUACUGUCUGCACUGUGAGGUUUCGCUUUGUGAUAACCAUCUGAGGGUCCACAGCAAGUCUCAAGAACAUGUCUUAAUGGAGCCCUGCAGUUCCCUGAGGGUGCAGAAAUGUCUGUCUCACCACAAAGCCCUCACAUACUAUUGUUGUGAUGACAACAUCUGCAUCUGCGUAUCAUGUUUGCUGAAUGAAAAACACUGGGAACAUCAGGUGAUCGGUAUAAAUGAAGCAUUUAGGAAGAAAAUGGACAAACUGAGAAGUAUAAUGGCAAAGGAGGCCUUAAUGACAGAAGAUGUUGAGGAAAAAAUCCAAAAUCUUCAGACGCACAAAAAGAGCACAUCGGCAAAGACUGCACGUUUAACACAGCACGUUAAUGUCACCUUUAAGAAACUCAAAAGGCAGUUGGAUGACCUAGCAAAGAGAGUCCUGUGUGAGAUCGCAAGACGCGAAGAGCAGACCUCACUGUCCAUCUCUGAUCUGAUCCAGCAACUGGACUUGAAGAAGGAUGAACUGUCCAGGAAGAUGCGUCACAUGGAGAAACUGUGUAACAUGACCGAUCCGCUAAGUUUCUUACAGGAUCAAAAAGCUGAUGUCAAUUACUUCUUUGACCCAGAGUUGAAAGACCUGUGCGAGAGAGUUGCUAAAAUGACCAAUGCUGUUAAUGACUCGGAAGAGAGUCUGAUCUCAGAGAUGGUACAGGUGGGUUUGUCUGAAAUUAUGGGCGAUGUUGGUAUAACAAAAGAUCUUCUAACCAAAGAAGCUACUGAGAUGUUAUUAGACGUCAACACCUCUGCCAACUAUGAUGUUGGCAUAAAAAAAUAUCUUACGUCGAAAGAAGCUACUGAGAUAUUAUUGGACAUCAACACCGCUGCCAACAACGUCUGCCUGUCUGGUGACUUAAAAACGGUAUCUUGUGCAGAAGUACACCAGAAUCGCCCAGAAACAACCCAAAGAUUUGAAGAAUGCAAAGUAUUAAGUACUAGGAGUUUUACAUCAGGUCAACAUUACUGGGAUCUGGAUACCUGCAAAUCAGGGCACUGGCGAGUGGGCGUGGCCUAUGCGAGCAUGGAAAGAAGGGGACCUUUCUCUUUAAUUGGGAAGAAUGAGAAGUCCCUGGGUCUACGAAGGUCUAGUGACAGCUACUUUCUAAGAUUUAAAGAUAGAGAAAUCAGGAUAUAUAACAAACCUGUGUGUGACAAAAUCAGAGUAUAUCUUGAUUAUGAUGCUGGGCAGUUGUCCUUUUAUCAGCUGACCGACCCCAUCGCUCACAUACACACGGUCACUACCACCUUCACUCAGCCCCUUCAUGCUGUGUUUGCAGUUUAUGAUGAUGGGUGGAUCACAAUCAGAAACUAA